AUGUCGACUCAAUUCCUGGUCGUUUCCCUUGUUUCGUCCACUCUGUGCAGUAUCGACGCUCAAGAAUGCUUCGCUGCAGCCAACACCUUGACCACAGCAUGCAACGAUACUUGCGGGGCGUACGAGCCUUGUCUGGUUUACAACGCGACGGAGUGCGCAAACUCGAGUUCUACUUCAGAUGUCAUUUGCACUGGCGACUUCGACGACGCGUGUGGGUACACGUGCUUUCAAGCUUUUGGUGCCUACAACUCCAACCCGACAGAAUUUAUCUUCCUCGUGCCGUACGAUGCGCAAGAUGGGGGUAAUGACACCAUUUACGCCAGUGCAAACAACGACGUGGUUACCGCGGUCGACCAGCUCGCGCUAUCAGCUCAGACAACUACCGUGUGGGUUCAGGGCGGCAACAACUACCAGCAGACCACCAAAGGGAAAGUCGUCGAGCUAUAUCUCGCGGACAACUUGCUCACCAAUCAGUCACAAGUGACGUCGGUGGGUCUGGUGUCCAUGGACCUUUCGAGCAGAAUUUACGACAUCCCCACUAUGGUUCCGAGCUCGAUCAAUGCACUGUCGCUCUCGAACACACUUCUGUCGGAGUUUCCUUCUCUACUGGAGUCCCUCGGGAACUUGGCCACUCUGCACCUAGCCGACAACUACAUCUCCACUGUGAACGCUUCUAUUACAUGGGAGAAACUCACUCUGCUGGAUCUGUACCAGAACAACGUGUCUACAUUCGAAGGCAAUUUCCCCAGCUUGUUUGUUGACUAUCUGAACAGCAACAACCUGACAGAGAUCCCAGCAGUUAUCUUCACUUUCCAGCAUCUGACUAAGCUCGCGAUCCAGAACAACCCGCUGUCGAGCCGAACGUUCACAGAAUCACAGAUUACUUUCCUUCAAGCACUCGCAAGUUUGGACUUGCAGGAUAGCGACUUCCAGGAUCCUGUGAACUGCAGCUCAUCAGAGCAUAGGGUUGUUGGCGACAACAAAAUCGUCCUUUGCGUCUCCACCGCAGACAUGGAUCCUGACCGGUCCAGCAGCAGCGCAGACGAAUCCAAACCACUGGUCAUGGUCAUAAUCGCUGUGGGCUUCAUUGUCCUCGGUACUCUCAUUGCUACCAUCACUUACCACUGGAGGCAACACAAGACCAAGAGCUCGAGAGGAUUGCUGCAAAGAAAAUCGACUAAACAGCGCUCGUUCGGGGAGGACGGCGAGCUCCUAGCGCUUCAAGUAAAUUGCGACGAUAUCCAGGAUCUCCGACUUAUCGGAACUGGAGCUUUCAGCGUUGUUUGGCUCGUCAGGUACCGCGAAUCAGUGCUGCUCGCCUCGAAACGCAUCCGUGAAGAUGCCGAUAUCACGGAGCACACGCAGACAUUCUUGGAGGAGAUUAAGCUGGCUUCCAAGCUCGAUCACCCGAACAUCGUCGAGUUCAUUGGUGCAGCCAGCUCAGGGUUCGACAUGCAAGCGUUGUUUGAAUUCGUCGAGAAUGGCGACCUGCGAUCGUAUCUAUCAGCACCCUCGCUGUCGCGUUAUUGGACUCGGACCAAGGUGCAGCUUGCAGUGGACGUGAUCGAAGCGAUCGUGUACCUUCAUACCUUCACCCCACCGGUGGUGCUCCGAAAUUUAAAGUCACGCAAUGUGUUGAUAUCCGCGGAAAUGCAAGCUAAGCUCACCGACAUUGGGGUCACACGGAUCCUGCCAAACUGCAGAUCUGGGGUUGGGAUGCAUCGGUGGCUCGCACCUGAAGUGAUAUCGGGCAGAAGCGAUUACAGCCAGCCUGCGGAUAUUUUCGCGUUUGGUGUACUCCUCUCGGAAUUCGACACGCACGAUCAUCCGUACGAUGAUGCAUCGGAUAACGAUGGUAACCAACUCGACGACUUGGCUAUCUUGCAGAAGGUGGCUAGCGGCAGUCUUCGGCCAACAUUUAGCGAUACUUGUCCACCGAUUGUGCUGGAGCUGGCGAAGCAGUGUAUGGCUCAAGAACCACGAGAUCGGCCGCCAGCAUUAAAAGUUGCGUACGCGCUCCGGACACUGCAGAGGGAAGCGUUUAACUUGUAG